UAUACUUUCUCUAAAUCAAGAGUUGCAAAAAGUUGAAAAGUACACAUAUUAUAAAAGUUCUCACAAAGAUGAGAAAUAGUCCAUGUUCCCAAGUCAUAUAUGAACUGCUAACAACACCAUAAUCCUCUCGGACCUGUUAAUUAAAGACUUCUCAUUCGUUCAGACUGAUACUGCUAUAUAGCCGUCUUCAGAGCUUCAACACAUCCUUCCAUUUGAAAAGGCUUUGUUAAGGAAGCCCCAUCUUCCCAUAUAUAUAGGCAUUUUUAUAUGUAUGGAUGGAUGCCCAGAAAGUAGACUUUUUUUUUUAAUUCUCUACAUCUCCGAUGAUUUUCUCCAAUAUUAUUGUACUUGGUCCGUGAUUUAGUUCUUUUCUAAGUUGUCAAAUCAUGUUCCUGACACGCCAAAUUCUAGUUUUGGGGUGUUCGAUCGUGGUGGUGGUGUGUUUGGUUCUUCGAUUUUUGUACAGGAUUUCUCUACUGUAUGUUGUUACAAAGUGGUGGCGAUCGGUUGAAGAUAGCUUUCAUGUUUACCAGUUCUACAAGAUUUCGCAAUUCAACGAAUAUAUGCAGGAAAAUCAGCUUCACCGGAAAGUGUUGGCGUACCUGAAUUCUUUGGCUUCCGUGGAAGAUUCCGAUUCAGUGAAACUUUUGUCCGGUAACAAGUCGAACGAAAUCAGCCUGGUUCUCGAUCCAAACCAGACCGUAACCGACACCUUUCUCAGCGCUAGGUUAUACUGGAGGAACGAGAAGUGCGAUGGCGAUGGCUCGAGAGCGUUGGUUCUGAAGGUCCGGCGAAGCGACAAGCGUCGGAUUCUCCGUCCGUACUUGCAGCACAUUCACGCGGUGUAUGAUGAGAUCGAGCAGCGGCGGAAGGAGGUGAGAUUGUACGUAAACGCAGAGGCGGAGCCGGAGAGGAACGGCCGGUGGAGAUCGGUGGCGUUCACGCAUCCGGCGACAAUCGAGACGGUGGCGAUGGAUCCGGACACUAAGAACAAGGUCAAGUCCGACCUCGAAACGUUCCUCAAGUCGAAGCAGUACUAUCAUCGCGUCGGCCGCGUCUGGAAGAGGAGCUACCUCCUGUACGGCCCUUCCGGCACCGGAAAAUCGAGCUUCGUCGCUGGAAUGGCCAAGUUCCUCUGCUACGACAUCUACGACAUCGAUCUAUCAAGAGUCAGCGACGACUCGGAUCUCAAGAUGCUACUGUUGCAGACCAGCAACAAGUCAAUGAUCUUGAUCGAAAAUCUCGAUCGACACUUGGCCGAGAAAUCAACGGCCGUGAGCUUCUCCGGCAUUCUCAAUUUCAUGGACGGAAUAUUCUCCUGCUGCGGCGACGAACGUGUCAUGGUGUUCACGAUGAACGGCAAUGAUCAGAUUGAUCCAACGGUUCUGAGACCAGGAAGGAUUGAUGUUCACGUGCACUUCCCUCUAUGCGAUUUCGCAUCUUUCAAAUCUUUAGCCAAUAAUUACUUGGGCCUUAAAGAGCACAAGCUUUUCGCCCAAGUGGAAGAGAUAAUUCAAACCGGGUCGACUUUGAGUCCGGCCGAAAUCGGGGAGAUCAUGAUAUCGAAUCGGACCUCACCGAGUCGGGCACUAAAAUCUGUCAUUUCCGCACUGCAGAUCAACGGCGAACGCAAUAGGCUUUCGGGUCAGGGCAGCCAGAGACUCACCGAGAGCUCGGCGAGACGGGUCGUGGAAGAGUGCGGUGAACCCGGAUCCAUAUUCUGUGGAGAAGGGGUUAACACAAUGAAGGAGUUCAAGAACUUUUAUGGACUUCUGAGGAUGAGAAGCAGCAGAAAGAGCUCCUCGGAUUUGGAUGCAGCAGAAAAAGAAAAUUAAUUAGGAACAUAAUAAUUAAUAGGUUGAUUAGGCUUUUGGGUGGAUAUUAACUCGUUUUCACUUUUGGAGCUCCGAAUUGGAUGGCUUGUAAGUUGUAAUGUAACCCAUUAACAGUGAUAAUUGACCGCUAUGCUAAUAUUUGGCAAGAAUAAGAUAUUGUGCAAUUCUAUUUAAUAUGCAAAGAAGCUGUAUUUUACAAUAAACAAGUUUA